AUGGACAUCAAGAGGGGAUACGGGGUGGUAAUCAGAAACCAUUUGGGGAAAUUUUUGGCAGCUGCUGUAGGUCCAAUCGUGAGCCCAUCCUCUGCUAUACAUGCAGAAUUUUUGGUUGCUCGUUAUGCGGUGCUGCUAGUACAAAACCAUUGGCCGGAGGAUGGUCAAAUUUAUUUUGAGGGUGAUGUGAGCUUGGUGAUAGCUACUAUGAUAGGGCAGGGGGAUGAUUCUUCAACUUGUGGCCCUAUAAUUAAUCACUUGAGAUGCUUGCUUGCAGAAAUGGCGCACUCGAUAGUCAACCAUGUUCAACGAGAAGGAAAUGAGGCGGCGCAUAGACUUGCUAAAAUGGGUCUUAGUAGUUCUCAGGAGAUUGUGUGGUUAGAGGAACCUCCAGAUUUGAUUCAGGAUAUAUUAGUCGAGGAGGGCUUGUAA